AUGUCGCAUGAACAAGACCAAAGCUCCGGUGCGAGCAGGUCUCGUUCACCCUCAAGCUCAAGCUCAGACAGUAGCUCCGAGCAUCACGUUCAAGCUAUUGCAGGAUCUAUCAGGUCACGUCAAAGAUCCUCAUCCUCCGCCACCGCCGCUGCACCUCACCUGGAUCGAGUCUACUCCGGCACACAUCUGAACGACCAUUCCGUCUACCACAGUGACAACAGCGUGGACAGCGAUGACGACGACGGGCCCAGUGAGUCCUACCCGGAAGAGACCGAACCCGUACAGGAGGUGCGAGGCGGCAUCGUGAACGAGCGGGAUAUCGACUUGGAGAAAAACCAACAAUCACAAGAACUGAAAAAGUCCAAGUCUGCACGGUCUGCUCGUUCUCGACUAGACUCGAAGGUGGUCGACUGGGAUGGUCCUGAUGACCCCGAGAACCCGAAGAACUGGCCCAACAAAAAGAAGUGGGCAGCGACUGUCACCGUCUCCCUAUUCACCUUUAUCUCUCCAGUGUCUUCGUCUAUGGUUGCACCUGCUCUAUCCUCCAUUGCAGCAGAUUUGCACAUCACGGAUGAAGUCCUGUCCCAACUCACACUCUCCAUCUUCGUCCUCGCAUAUGCCGUGGGCCCCCUCAUCCUGGGACCACUAUCUGAAAUCUACGGACGAGUCAUCGUCCUCCAACUCGCCAACUUGUUUUUCCUCGUGUUCAACAUCGGAUGCGCAGUCUCGCAAACACCAGCGCAGAUGAUAGUCUGCCGUUUCUUCGCCGGCCUAGGAGGUAGUGCACCACUCGCCGUCGGCGGCGGCGUUCUCGCAGACUGCUUCCGCCCCGAAGAGCGAGGCAAGAGCAUCGCAAUCUACAGUCUAGCCCCCCUCCUCGGCCCCGCCCUAGGCCCAAUCGCAGGCGGCUUCAUCGCCGAGAACACAACCUGGCGCUGGGUCUUCUACGCGACCUCAAUCGCAGACGGCCUGAUUCAAUGCAUGGGUCUCUUCUUCCUGCGCGAAACCUACGGCCCUCGCCUCUUAAAAGACCGCGCCAAGCGCCUCCGCAAAGAAACAGGCGACGACUCGUACCAAACGGAAGCCGAGCUCCAAAAGAAGACCCUCGCCCAGGUCCUGCGCGGGGCCCUAAUCCGCCCAUUCCGCCUCCUCCUCACUCAACCAAUCGUCCAAUGCGUAGCAUGCUACAUGGCCUACAUCUACGGAAUCAUGUACCUGGUGCUCUCAACAUUCCCCAUCCUCUGGACCAGCCCAGAAUACUACAACGAAUCCAUCGGCAUCGGCGGCCUAAACUACAUCUCCCUCGGCCUUGGCUUCUGGGCCGGUUCCCAGAUCUGCGCCCCGCUCAACGACCGCAUCUACCGCCGCCUCAAAGCCCAGAACAAUCACACCGGCCGUCCGGAAUUCAGAGUCCCCCUGCUGGGCGUCGGCGCAGUCCUCAUUCCAGCUGGCCUCUUCAUCUACGGCUGGACUGCCCAAGCGCAUUGCCACUGGAUCGCGCCCAAUAUCGGUGCUUUCCUCUUCGGUACUGGCACGAUCGUCUCGUUCCAGUGCAUGCAGACGUAUAUGGUCGAUACGUAUACUCGCUUCGCGGCUAGUGCGUUGGCGGCUGGUUCGUUCUUGCGCUCGCUGGCGGGUUUCGGGUUCCCGCUUUUCGCGCCGUAUAUGUAUCAAUCUCUGCAUUACGGAUGGGGAAAUAGCGUGUUGGCAAUUAUUGCGCUUGUUUUCGGCAUUCCGGCGCCUAUUUUCUUGUGGAAGUAUGGGCAGCUUUUGCGCAAGAAGAGUACUUAUGCUGCUGGAUAG